AUGGCACACGGAAACGAUAUUGUUCAUAAGAAUCAUUUCCGAAAACACUGGCAGGGGAUGGUUAAGACCUGGUUCAAUCAGCCAGCCCGAAAGCACCGCCGUGCUGAGGCUCGCAAGGCCAAGGCUAAGCGCGUUGCCCCUAAACCUGCCUGUGGACCACUUCGCCCCAUAGUUAACUGCCCAACGCGUCGUUACAAUAUGAAGGUUCGCGCUGGACGUGGAUUCACAUUGCAAGAACUCAAGGCUGCUGGUCUCAGCGUUCCUGUUGCACGUUCAAUUGGCAUUGCUGUUGAUCCUCGCAGACGCAAUAUUUCUAUGGAAGGCCUUAAUCGAAAUGCUGCAAGGCUUCGCCAUUAUAUGAGCAAGGUUAUACUUUUCAACAAGGCUAAAAUCCUUCCUGUUCCUUGCCAUACUGGAGAACUUAAGAACGCCAAGCAGCGCAAUGCUCUUCCGGCUAUUCAUCAAAAGUAUGUGUUCGAGAAGGCUCGUAAGAUCACUGACGCCGAUAAAAACUACUCUGCUUUCCACGCUAUCCGUCAACACCGAGCUAACAAGCGUUUGGCUGGUAAACGUAUGAAGGCCCGUGCUGCCAAGGCUGCUGAGUAA